AUGAGUGCUGGGUCGCCGCAGCCGGAGUGGCCCGCCGCGGAGGUGCCGAGCGCUGCAUUGGCCGAAGAUGACACGCCGGCGCUGCCGGAGCACCUCACGCGUGGACCUAGUAGGCCCGCGCCAGACGCGGGACCGUCCAAGAAGUACAAGCCACCG